GACAAAAUGGCUCUGACCAGAGGGAUCAGUAAGCUGUCAAUUCAACUGUUGAGAAACAAAGCGUGUUUGUAUACUGCAGUGAGAUGUUCUUCUGACAAACCGCUUCCAUGGAACUACCUCUGGAAGCCAGAAAAAUACUCAGAAAAAGAUCAUGACAAGAUCGCCGAGAAAUAUCAUUUGCAUCCUAAGAAAUAUCAACCUUAUUCCAAUAAUGAGAAAUACGUAGGUGACUAUCCAAAACUACCCAUGAUAGGACCGGCUGCUAAAGAUCCAUACUAUCCAUAUGACAUACCGAUAUUUAGGAAAAGUUAUCAUGAAACGCUACAUUCUGAUUUUGAAAUUAUGGGUCAAGAUCGUUUCAGUUAUGGCGUUAAGUACAGGAUUAAUCCAUAUUUAGGAUCUGCAAUAUGGCUUGCAACUAUGAUUACUAUAAUAGGAAUCAGUUACUUGGUACAGCCUUAUCCUGCUGUUCAUCCAAGGUUGGAGAGACAGUAUCCCAAGGAGAAUGUAAUACACUAUUCAUUUGAACCAGCAGAUUCGUGAAAAUAGGAGUAGUCUCGAGUAAUGUAAUAGAUACAUAAGAAAAACAGCAGAGUUGAUAUAAUGUAUAAUA